AUGACCGGGUUUGGCUCCCCUUGCGGUGCAUGCAAGUUCCUGAGGAGGAAGUGUGUCAGGGGAUGCGUCUUCGCCCCGCACUUCUGCAACGAGCAGGGAGCUGCUCGGUUUGCUGCCAUCCACAAGGUCUUCGGAGCCAGCAAUGCCUCCAAGCUCCUCAUGCACCUCCCUGUCAGCGAUAGGUCCGAGGCUGCUGUCACCAUCUCCUACGAGGCUCAGGCCAGGCUCCAAGACCCUAUAUAUGGCUGCGUCGCUCACAUCUUCGCUCUCCAACGACAAGUUGUGAAUCUGCAAGCACAGCUGGUCUCUUUAAAGGCACAAUCUGCUCAAGCUUUCGCCGAUGGAUCUUUGUCUCAGGAAGACAGCUUGAACCACCAGCUCCUCGACCAACUUCAGCUGGAUCGGGAAGCAAGGAUGAGGCAUGCUUUGGUUUCAGAUUCGCCAUUGAGCACCGAACGCACUAUGUAUCAUGACAAUGGCCUUCUGGACUCGAGCUCAUCCCUGCUGCCUUCUCCACAUGGUGUUCCUCAUUCGUACAUGGGGGUCGACGAUGGCAUCUUCUUCGGCACCGAUGAAGACAUGGAGAAUGCACUCGUGACGCAAACGGUUGGGCGGAGCUCGGCGGAUCACAACAUGGAGGAUCUUCGAUCGGUAGCUUUUGCUCAUCUUCGUCAUGUAUGA